AGUGGGUUCAACAGACAAUACGUGUUACCACAGGGGCUGUUCUGGAAAUCAAGAAAAAGAAAAAUAUGAGAGAGAUGAACCACCAUUUUUAGCUCUCCCAAUACUCGCCGCCAAUUUCAAUUUUCUCCUCAGUGAAACAGUAACUUGACUGGUGUGCAUUCGGUGUGCAAAGAGUUGGCUUGCUCGCAAGAAAAUGAAUGACAGUUCCUUGUCUAUGGGUUGGAAUGGAAAUCCAAAAUGGCCCACUUCUAGAAGUGAGAAGGAAAACUUUUGGAUGCAAAUUCAACUCAAUCAAAUAGUUAAUCUUGGAGAUUGCUUCAUGGACAUUAUGUGUUUGAAUCAACUUAAUAAUUUCCAGAAACUGUUGUGAGAAUAACAAGGGACGGGUACGAUGGGACGAGGCUAACUUGGGUGAAAUUGAAGCAACUAAACCUGUGAGGCAGAAAAUUACUGAGCCGAAGACACCAUAUCAUCCCAUGAUUGAUGAUGAUGAUGGAUCUCUAUCUCCUAUAAGGAAUUAUUUCGAUGAAAGUGUUCCUGAUGGCGUUGAUGCGGAAGCAAUACGAACUGCGUUGAGUGAUGUAGCAUCAUCAAGUAGAGAGACUACCCAGAGAUCCAGUGGCUGGACCUCAUCUGAUGACGAGGCAGAUGCUAUGGAACAGGAUGAUGAAGAUCCUGAAACAGAUAAAAAUGGUAGAAGUUUCAGGGAGCACCGGAGAGCUCACUACGACGAAUUCUGGAAAGUAAAAGAACUCCGGAGAAAAGGUUCUUUCCUUGAAGACGAAGAAGAGGACGAGGCAGAUAAACAAAGGAGAAAUGCUAUGUCUUCAUCAUUAGCGGCCGGUGGCAGUGGUCAUGGUAGUGGUGUUACGGACAUUGACAUUGAUGAUGAAACUGGUGCUACUUUAAAUCAGAAAUCCGUUGGUGCUCCGGUUAAUGGAGUGUGAGCAAAAUAGGCCCUGGAAAAGACAUUUUAACAGAGAACUUUCUAUUAUAAAUUUGUAAUGCUUUUGGAAAGUGUCCUAUGAAUGCUAUCUUGUAUACAAAUAGUAUUGUUCUCUUAUAAUUCUCAAUCAACAAUGUUUCCUCAGACUA